AUGAGAAUGAGAGGUAAUCAAUUUCGAGCUGUGUCAAUCAUCUUCUUAUUUUGCUUUGUCUUCAGUGUCUGUGAUGCACUGUACGGACCAUCAUCGCCAGUUCUUCAGCUAACUCCUUCCAACUUCAAGUCCAAGGUUCUGGACUCGAACAGAGUUGUUCUGGUUGAAUUCUUUGCACCAUGGUGCGGACAUUGUCAAGCUCUAACACCUAUAUGGGAGAAGGCGGCUACUGUCUUAAAGGGUGUGGCUACCGUGGCAGCUCUUGAUGCUGAUGCACACAAGUCCCUUGCUCAGGAAUAUGGGAUUAGAGGAUUUCCAACAAUAAAGGUGUUUGUUCCUGGGAAACCUCCAGUUGACUAUCAGGGAGCAAGGGAUGUGAAACCCAUUGCAGAAUUUGCACUCCAACAGAUAAAGGUGUUGUUGAAGGACCGUUUAAGUGGAAAAGCAACAGGAGGACCAAGUGAAAAAUCUGAACCUAAUGCUUCAGUAGAAUUAAAUUCCCAGAAUUUUGAUGAAUUGGUGGUUAAAAGUAAAGAACUCUGGAUUGUGGAGUUCUUUGCACCUUGGUGUGGGCACUGCAAAAAAUUGGCACCUGAGUGGAAGAAGGCCGCUAAGAACUUGCAGGGGAAGGUGAAGUUGGGACACGUUGACUGUGAUGUAGAGAAGUCUCUUAUGAGCAGGUUCAAUGUUCAAGGAUUCCCAACCAUAUUGAUAUUUGGAGCUGACAAAGAUACCCCACUCCCCUAUGAGGGUGCAAGGACUGCUAAAGCCAUUGAAUCGUUUGCUCUUGAACAAUUGGAAACAAAUGUUGCACCUGCUGAAGUGACUGAGUUAACUGGCCCUGAUGUCAUGGAAGAGAAAUGUGGUUCUGCUGCCAUCUGUUUUGUCGCUUUCCUACCUGAUAUCUUGGAUUCCAAGGCAGAAGGGAGGAACAAAUACAUUCAGCAGUUAUUAUCUGUUGCAGAGAAGUUCAAAAGGAGUCCCUAUAGCUAUGUCUGGGCAGCCGCUGGUAAGCAGCCAGACCUCGAGAAUCGUGUAGGUGUCGGUGGUUAUGGAUAUCCAGCAUUGGUGGCCUUAAAUGUGAAAAAAGGUGCUUAUGCACCACUUAAGAGUGCAUUCGAGCUUGAUCAGAUUAUAGAAUUUGUUAAGGAAGCUGGACGUGGAGGAAAGGGAAACUUGCCUCUGGACGGCACCCCCAACAUUUCAAAGAUUGAACCCUGGGAUGGUAAAGAUGGACAGAUAAUUGAAGAGGAUGAGUUCUCCCUCGAAGAACUUAUGGGCGGAGGAGAUGAUACUACGAGCAAAGAUGAGUUGUGA